UUGUAAGCUACGGUCACACCGCGCGGCUUGCACAUAUCGGUGGCUUGAUAUUUAUUUUUGUUGGAAUUUGUGUGCUUAGUUUUUGUUUUUUAUUUAAUUCAACUAUAAGUUUAAAGUGUGUAAUUACUGUUUAAUAUACAACUGAUUUUCCAUCCACAAGCAGAAAAUGUGCCUUUAGUCAUCAUCAAGCAGUCAAACAUGAAACUAAACCAAGUCACGAUGUCAGCUCAUCAUCACUAUGGGUUAAUGAUCGUUACAUUGCUGUUGUUGUUGGCAACCGCGACCAAAGCACAACUUCCUUUAAACGACCUGCAACAACAACAACUACAGCAACAACAACAGCAAGCAGGGUUGCCACAGCCACAGGUGCAAGACCCACAAACAUAUCAACCCAGUUACAAUAAGGACUACUCGCCACGCUAUAACCCUUUGUACACGGGACAACAACAGAAUCCCGAAAACGCUUUAUACGAUAAUCCUCUGCAGGAUUACAAUAAUCAGCCGGGAAGUCCCAAUUAUGUAGGAGGCAGCAACAUUGGCGGCGUUAAUCAACAAAAUUAUAACAAUAAUAAUUUCAAUAACUUGGGCGUUGGCGGUGCCAAUGUGGCCGGACCUGGUAACUUGGGUGGUAAUCUGGGUCCCCAAUAUGAUCCCUUCAAUCGCAACACCAUCACCAACAGCAACAACAAUAAUGCCGGACUCGGAUAUCGUGAUAUUUUCACCGAUGAAGAUAACUUUUGUCCCGAAUAUUGGGUGUCGCAUCGUCAGACUUGCUAUCGCUUUAUACGCUCCCCCAAACGCAACUGGGCGGAGGCCAGGAAGAUUUGCAAAGCAUACACGGCGGACUUGAUCAAUGUGGACAAUGUGGAGAAGCAUGCGUUCAUCUUGAAGAAUCUCAUAUUGCAGAACCAGCGUCAGAAUCGCUUCUUCAUCUCGGCGCGUCAAACGGGACCGCAGAAUUGGGUGAAUGAUGACAACACUCAGUUGGUGCACAUCGAGGAUUCGUUUGCCUUUGAUGAGCAACAGGCACUGGAGAAUGAGGAUCUGAUUGACAAUCGUUUUCUGGUCCAGAGCAAUCGCAACUUUAAUCCUAACGCUGCCAAUCAAUACUACAACACAAUGACGGGCACAACGAACAUCAAUCAGCGCAAUCAAAACAAUUUGCGGGGAUAUUUCGGACCCAAUCAACCUUAUGGCGACAAUGGAUAUGUGCGUGAUCGUGUUGUUUAUGCUUACUCGCGGAAAAACGAUCGCUGGAUGUUUAUGCCCGCUUACGAAAUCGAAUUGAAUCUCUUCAUCUGCGAGUCCAAGGCUCUAUACACUCCCGAUAAUGUGCACAUCAAGCUGGACGACAAGCGACCCUAUGACUAUGGCAUGGAUAUACGUGACUAUGAGCGCGUUCCACGUGGACCGUUCUUUGUGAGGCAACCCAAUGACACAACCUAUGAUGUGAACAAGAAUCGGUUGAUCGAUGAUGUGUCGCUGCGUUGUUUGGCUGGUGGUUUUCCAACGCCUACCUACGAAUGGUAUCGUGAGGUUUAUAUCAACGAUACUCUCGAAUAUCAUCGCAUCGAUCCGCUAACGAAUGAUCGCUAUACCAUCUCGGGAGGCAAUCUCAUCAUCUACAAACCCAGUCAGGCUCUUGAUCAGGGUUCGUAUCAUUGUGUGGCUGCAAACAAAUUUGGAAGCGUGCGUUCGGAGAGCGCAAAUCUUAAUUUUGGUUUCAUCAUGGAGUUCAAUCUGAAGCGUUCAGCGGAGACUAGCGAAAUGAACUGGGGCAAGGCAAUCUUCUGUGAUCCUCCACAACAUUAUCCUGCCAUUAAAUUCUACUGGGCACGUGACUAUUUCCCCAACUUCGUGGAGGAGGAUCAACGUGUUUUCGUCUCAUACGAUGGUGCGCUAUACUUCUCAUUCAUUGAGACCGUGGAUCGUGCCAAUUAUUCUUGUACUGUGCAAACAAUUGUCUCGGAUACGGGCCGCAAUGGACCAUUCUUCCCGCUGCGUGUCACUCCCAACAGCAACUACCAGGCGUUGAUCUUUGCCAACACCUUCCCCAAGGUCUUCCCUGAGGCACCGGUUGCUGGCGAAGAUAUACGCUUGGAGUGCAUGGCUUUUGGCUAUCCGAUACCAUCGUAUAAUUGGACCCGAAAUGGACAAACACUGCAGCGGAAUGCUUACAUAACGAGCUACGGUCGUGUGCUGGUCAUCAGGAAUGCUACAACCAAUGACAAUGGUCAAUAUACUUGCAGUAUCACAAAUCCACGCACAUCGCUCUCGAAAUCGGUGUUCAUCAAUAUACAAAUGAAACCCGAAUUUACCAUUCCGCUAAAGGACAUGAUCAAGGAUUACAAUAGCGAUGUGACAUUCAUUUGCGAAUCGUUUGCCAUUCCCGAUGCCAAUUAUACGUGGUAUAAGAACGCCGAGCGAUUGGAUCCUUUAACCGUCAAUCGAGAUCGUUAUGUAAUACAGGACAAUGUGUUGACGAUAAAGUUCCUGGAGAAGGACAAGGAUGAAGGCAUGUAUCAAUGCGGUGCACAAAAUCAAUUGAAGACAUCUUUCUCCUCGGCCCAGCUGCGUGUGCUCUCCAUGAAACCAUCGUUCAAAAAGUAUCCACUCGAAUCGGAAAUCUAUGGUGUCUACAAUGGCAAUACAACUAUUGUGUGCAAUCCAGAGGCAGCGCCUCGUCCCAAGUUCCAAUGGAAGAAGGAUGGUCAAGUGAUAGGUUCAGGCGGACAUCGUCGCAUCCUCCCCAGUGGUACUUUAAUCAUUGCACCCACUUCUCGAGAUGAUGAGGGAUUGUAUUCAUGCAUUGCGUCCAAUCAGGCGGGUACCGAUGAAUCUCAUGCUCGUGUCAUUGUGCUGCAGGAAAUUCGCUUUGUUCGUACGCCACCACAGCGCAUUGUGUCCCGGGAGCACGACAUCAUUUAUCUGCACUGCGAAGCUGCCUUUGAUGAGCUGCUGGACAUUGCCUACGUUUGGAAGCACAAUGGCGCCAAGCUGCGCAACGAUCACGAUGGCACUCAGCGUAUUAUCGUGGACUGGAACAGCUUGACGGUGCACAACAUAACGAUGCGCGAUGCUGGAGAUUACGAGUGCGUUGUGCAGUCGGCUGUCAAUGAGAUUAGCACCAAGACCAAUGUGAUUAUUGAGGGAGCACCAGGUGCACCGGGAGGUGUGCAAGUGAUUGAGAUUGGCAAGACUAAAGCCAUCAUUGAGUGGGUCGAUGGCGUCAACAACGGACGUCCCAUCCGCUAUUACAACAUCUUGGGACGCACCAAUUGGAAUCGCACCUGGGUGAAUGUUUCCACGCAUGUGCAGGCGCGUGAAGUGGAUCGUUAUACAUCUCGCCAGCAGGCUGAGGUCACCAAUUUGACUCCGUGGUCAUCGUAUGAGUUUAGCGUGACUGCUGUUAAUGAUCUGGGCAUUGGCACGCCAUCAGCACCAUCACCUAUCUACAGUACCCACUCUGAUAAGCCGUAUAUUGCACCACGUAAUGUGGGUGGUGGCGGUGGCAAGAUUGGCGAUCUGACAAUUACAUGGCAACCGCUAUUGCCUGAGCAACAGCACAGUCAUGGCAUACAUUACAAGGUGUUCUGGAAGCUCAAAGGCAGCUUGGAAUGGGCAAGUGAUAUCAUUAAAAAGCAGGAGAACAUUGGCAUUGCUGUCGUCAAUAUUCCGCUCAACAAUUACUACACCGAGUACGAGGUGAAAGUGCAGGCGAUCAAUGACAUUGGCAAGGGACCGGAAAGCGAAACGGUUGUUAUACACUCGGCAGAGGAUAUGCCACAGGUGGCACCACAGAAACCCUUCGCAUUGGCCUACAAUUCUACUUGUUUCAAUGUCACUUGGAAUCCCAUCGACAUGUCACGUGAGAAUAUUCGUGGCAAGCUGAUAGGGCAUAGGUUGAAGUACUGGAAGACGGAGCAUCAAGAGGAAGAUGCCGUCUACUAUCUGUCGCGUACCACACGCAAUUGGGCGUUGAUUGUGGGUCUGCAGCCGGACACAUAUUACUUUGUUAAGGUCAUGGCAUACAAUGCAGCCGGCGAAGGUCCCGAAAGCGAACGUUUCGAAGAACGCACAUAUCGCAAAGCGCCACAGAAGCCGCCGUCUUCCGUGCAUGUCUAUGGCAUCAAUCCAUCCACAGUUCGUGUCGUGUGGCGUUACGUCUCCCCGGCACAGGAUGAGGAGCCCAUUGAGGGCUAUAAGGUACGCAUUUGGGAGACGGAUCAGAAUAUGAUCACUGCCAACAACACCAUUGUGCCCAUUGGCGAGAAACUCGAGAAAUAUAUCAACACUUUAACGCCAGGCAAAAGCUACAACAUGCGUGUACUGGCCUUCAGCAAUGGUGGUGAUGGUCGCAUGUCCAGUCCAACGUUACGCUUCCAAAUGGGUAGGACAGCUCGCAAUGCAGCUAAUACACGAUACGCCCAUAACAUCAACACAGCGCUGAUAUUGAGUGUCUUGUUGUUUAUCACCACCUUUUUCUAUACCAACAAUUAGACAACUGCAAAAAUAGCCAUUUAAGAUUAAAACAAACCGUCCGAGAGAGUUGCAAAGCGCACACGCUUUACAAAUCAUAAACACACAAACUUAAGAGUCUCGUUUAGAUUUAAAUCAACAAACAUUCCGUCUAAAUAUGUAUACUAGUACAGUAACCUCAGCGAAUUGAGCAUAUGCAAUACAAUUUAAAGAAAAGAAAGAAAAAUCAGAGAUAAGAAAGUGACCUUAUAUACAUCUAAGUAGAGCAUAUGAAUUUUGAUAGAAAUGAAAUCACAAUUUUUUUAUAGAUAUUUUUCGACCAUUAUAUAUACAUGAUAUAUGUUUUUUCUUUUGAUUUAACAACGAACGAAUAUUGUAUAUUAGCAUAAGCAAAAAAAGCUACCUAUUGCAUAUAACAUUUUCAGUUGUCUUUCGUCCUAAUUUUAUGCGUCUUUCUGUAAGUACAUACCAAAAAUGUACAAUGUAUUAAAUUUUUAAUUUGUAAACUUAUACAAAUCUUUUAAAAUGUACUCUUAAAUAAAAGACGACAAAAAAUUAUUGAAAAA